GAGAUGUCGAUUGUCCUAGACGCGAACAGUGCAUCGGAAGAGAUAGGAUAAUCUCGAAAAAAGCUUACCGUCAUCAAUUGAAAUCAACGACUCGCCUCCAAGAAGAUGAAGAUUAUCAGUUCUUUCACCGUUUGCUUUGCGCUUUCAACGGUACUGUUUGCCGCCCCUGCUAUCCAUGGAAUGCCGGCCAAUCCCCUGGGAAGUUUUAUCGAAACCCAGCCGGAUGGAACGAACAUCACUUUGCGUCUCCAUGGCGAUCCCCACGAUGCUUGGAUGACCGACGAGCAUGAUUAUACCGUUGUAAAAAAUUCUGCCACUGGAUUUUUUGUCUAUGCGCAGCCUGAUGGAAAUGGCAAUCUCGAGCCAUCGUCCGAAAUCGUUAGGGACAGCAACGAUGAUGAGAGGGAAGUCUUUUUUGAAGAAGAGGAAGGUCAUCAGAAGCUGCCGCCAAGUUCAAACUCUGAUUCGGUCGUAGAUACACAAUCGUCUCCAAGCACAACUGUUAAUGGUACUGUCAUCACGACGAUUUCUUCUUUCAACAAACAAAAGAACAUUCGCCCCACCAAGCGCGAUUGUCGAGACAAGAUAUGUGGCGAGCACGAUGAGCGCGGCGACAACCACCAAGAGAAUAUCCUACAGGGUCUUCGUGGCACAAAUUCGGUCCCGAGCACAAACACAGCCACCAGCUUUGUUGCUUCAACUUACGCGAAGAGACAUGGAGAUGGCCCCGGUAAAAAGGUCCGCCUCCGGAAUCUUGUCCUACUCCUGAAGUGGUCAGAUCACAAUGAUCGAGUGCUCCCGCGCCGAGAAGAUUAUGAAGUACUGAUGAAUAACAGGGGUCCCAAUGCUCGAUUUUGUCCUACGGGAUCAGUUCGAGACGUCUUCUUAGAAAAUUCAUACGGUGCACUGGAGGUUGAUUCGUAUGUGACCGAUUGGAUUCCUAUGGAUAACACCGAGGCAUUUUAUUCGAAUGGUGACAAAGGUACGACAACUCGCAUCCAGGAUGCCAUUCGAUACGCUCUCAACUACGUGGAUGGGAGGAUAGUCGAUGGCGUGAGUGUUUACAACAAAGUCGAUUUUGACUUUUUCGACGAGGAUCGAGACGGCUAUAUUGAUUCUAUUACUUUCAUUCAUUCGGGAUACGCGGCCGAGCUUGGAGGGACCGAUUUUUACGGUAGGUUCUACGAAGAACGUAUAUGGUCGCACAAAUGGAGUUUGUAUCACGAACAAUUUCAGAGCAAAAAGGGGCGCAACGUUCGAGUUAGCACCUAUCAUAUUUCAUCGGGUCUAUGGGGGUUAGAUGGAUCACGGAUUGGACGCAUUGGGGUACUAGCUCACGAAAUGGCUCAUUUUUUGGGCCUGCCAGAUCUUUAUGACCACGACUCGAGCAGCAGAGGUGUUGGGAAUUAUGGCUUGAUGGCAAAUUCAUGGGGCUCAAACGGUCAGCAGCUCCAUCCGCCCUACAUGUCGGCAUGGGCAAAAAUGAUCUUGGGCUGGGUUACACCAAUAGAACCUACUCCUGGAACAAAUAUAAUAGAGGCAGCUGCAGAGCAAAAUCCUUUUCAACCACAGGUUUACAUCAUUCAGGAAGGUUUUCCGGAGGGCGAAUUUUUGCUGAUCGAAAACCGCCAACCAGUCGGUUACGAUGCGUACUUGCCACAGGGCGGACUUGCUAUUUGGCACAUCGACUAUGGAUCGACGAAAUCGUACAACAUCUGGGAUGUCUAUAUGCGCCAGAGCAGGGAGGGCUACCCCGCUCAGGAGGGAUGGCCAGAAAACGGGAACCACUACGCGGUCGCGCUACUCCAGGCAGACGGAUACUAUGACUUGGAAAUGGGCUUCAACUUUGGCGACUACGAAGAUCUCUUUCACGCGUCCGACGUGGAUGAGCUCGUUCCUUGCCGACGGAAACACGAUUGCCAAUAUCCAAACACCGACUCCUAUCAAGGCGGAAACAUWGUUCGCUCCAAUGUACACAUCACGGACAUUAGCGAGUCGGGGCGCAUCAUGACCUUUGAUUACUGGGUAGGGGAGUUYGGCACGAUCCCAACGAACUCUCCGACAGGUUAUCCAACCUAUUUCCCAACAUCCUUUCCGUCCGUCCCGCCAACUAUUGCUCCCACUACAGAAAAGGAACGAARGGGCAGGAGAAAAGGCAGGAUCUGCCGGAAGGAUAGCCAAUGCUCUAGUGGCUUUUGCAGAAAGAGCAGACGGUGGUUAUUCAAAAACAAAUACAGGUUCUUUGGCAGGUGUMGAGCGAAAGAAUGAACACAGCACCAAAGCCUGAUGAUGGUAGGAUGGCAAGCGUUGACUCGGCUGUUUUCGAAAAGUAGGUCUGGCAACUUUUCGCGACCGACACACGCACGUAGGUGUAGAUAAUUUGUCACCU